CGGUCCAAAAAUCUUCAAUGGAGCAUUUUUAUUCAUAAAUGGCAUCGGAAAUGAAAGUAUAAAUAUUUUAAAUUGAGUUACUCAGCAGAUAAGAUAGAGCUAUGUAAUCAGGUAUACGCAAACAAAAAUCGCAAAAAGCUCUUAGAGACGCGCCUAAUCCUUACAAAGUGCAAAGUCACGAGCGAAUCGUCCAAUACUUAGAAAAGCACUGAUUAGAUUCAUAAAGAUCAGCUAAGGUUAUAUCUGACCUACUUGUUCUGCAGAAAGUCUUAAUUUUGAACGCAUCCCUUCGCAGGCUGAGACCAUAGAGUAUACAUAAAUAGCUGCGUUCAUUUGUUCUCUGGACAGUUCGCGCCGACGCGCUAGUGCUCCGUACGUACACGAUUUAGUUUAAGGAACAGCAAGCAGCACCAACACCAUGCUACGUUUGAUAACGUUUUGCACACUACUGGCAGUAGCAGUCGCCCAAAGCGGUUACGACUACAAGGUACCCGGGAAGCCGUUCACACAGGGGAACCAGCAGGGGACCUCUCCGGCCAGACCCGGCGCCCCCUCCGGGCCCUCCGGCUACCCCGCCCCGCCGACCUCCCCCUCUUACCCCAGCGGACCCCAGAAUGACGGCUACCCCAGCUCAGGCUCUCCAUCCACACCCGGAUACCCGUCCGGACCAUCAACGGGGACCGGAUACCCCUCAGGACCUAACCAAGGAUAUCCUGGUUCAAACCAACAGACUAAACCGUCGUUCCCUGGCCAAAGCGGUUCAACCGGAGGAUACCCUGGACAAGGCUCUAGUGGUUCCAGCAGUCCCACUACUGGUGGAUACCCACAAGGCCCUAGCGGAUCUAACACCGCCUCAUCUGGCUACGGACAACAGGCCGGCGGUGGCUUCCAGCAACAGGGGCAAAGUGGAUACCCUGGACAGCAGACCUCAGCUGGUGCAUUCCAAGGACAGCAAGGAGCGGGUUCUUUCGGCGGUCAGCAAGGUUCUGGAGGUUUUGGACAACAAGGGCAGAACUACCCUGGUCAGUCAGAUUCUGGCUCUGGGUCGACAGGCGCUGGCUCAGGCGGACAGAGUGACACCGGUGCCUACGAGGGUGGAGACUACUCGGCGAUCCCCGGCGAGCCAGACCGCGACUACCCCAUCCUUACGGAGAUCCCUCAGACCUCCUUUAGAUGUGACGCUCAGGCCUACCCCGGCUACUACGCCGAUGUCGAAGCUCGCUGCCAGGUGUUCCACGUGUGCGCCAACAACAGGACUUACGACUUCCUCUGCCCCAACGGGACCAUCUUCUCUCAGCAAGUCUUCGUCUGCGUCUGGUGGAACCAGUUCGAUUGCAACACCGCCCCCAGUCUAUACGAGCUCAACGCCAACCUGUAUGAUUACAGUAUAACCGGUGCUUCUCAGGGAAGUUAUCCUGGUGUAGGAGGAGGCAACGCCUACCCGCAGGGACCCUCAGCGAACUACCCUGGAGCUGCUGGGCCUCAAGGACCAUCUGCUAACUACCCAGGAGCCUCUGGACCCCAAGGCCCCUCUGCCAACUACCCUGGAGCCACCGGACCACAAGGCCCUUCUGCUAACUAUCCUGGAGCAUCAGGACCUCAAGGCCCCUCUGCUAACUACCCUGGCGCCACCGGACCCCAAGGACCAUCGGCAAACUACCCUGGAGCCUCGGGACCCCAAGGACCUUCCGCUAACUACCCCGCACCUUCUGGCCCUCAACGACCAUCGGCUGGAUACCCUGGGAGCACAGGAUCUCAAGGGUCUACAUCGAACUACCCAGGUAGCUCAGGGCCUUCCUCAUACCCUGGCAGUGGAAGCAAACCAGGGUCAUCACCAGCUGGCUACCCGAGUGGACAAUCUCAGGGUUCAUCUGCGUCCCAGCAGGGUUACCCCUCUGGCAGGCCGAGUGGCCCUAGCUUCCCCUCUGGCCCGGGAGGCAGACCGGGUGCUGACGGCAACCAGCCCCAACAACCCACCCGAGAGUACCUGCCACCCAGAAAUUGACCAAUCGAACCCCCGUAUUCAUGAGACUAUUUUACCGUUAGUUUAAAUCGUAGCUAAAUGUUAAAAGUACAAAUCUGUUGUAAGAGAAUACUUGCCAAAUUGUUAUUAGAGGAGAGCUAGAGCCAGUAAGCAUGACGAUGUCAAACGAAAAAUGUUGGUGCUGCCAAUGUAUACCUAUUGUGUAUUUUAGUUAGUAGGUAAUUUUACUAAAACUAUUAAGUUCUGCAAUAUCGUAUACUUAUGUAAGAUUGAAUUAUUAUGUUAAGUUUGAAAUAACGGAAUUGUUAAUCUUAUUUUACUAAAAUUGUAAACAUUGCAACAAAAAUAAUUGUUUCCACAUCCAGUAUUAUAAAGAAACCUACUUAUAACUAAGUAGGUAUAACUAAAUAUUGUUGAUAAGUAGUACUUACAUAAAAUGUGAUUUUGAAAAGAAAGUUACCAAUACGUUACGACUUACCUAAUUGUACUUUGUGAUGAUUAAUACAUAUUGCCUAUAUUUUAUAACUGUAAAUAUUUACGAUUCUUAUCUCAAUAUAUAAAAAUUAUGAG